AUGGAGCCGCCUGACCUUCCGCGACGUCGAGCAGAAACUGGGCGCAAAGUGCCCGAGAGCCUGGCGCCGGCCCUGCGCGGGGAGGAGCUCGCGGCCCGCCCCGCCGCCGCGGCCCCCCGGCACCGCCGCGCCGCCGCCCUGGCCCCGUCUGGAGGCGAAACUUCAGCUCCUGAGCAGGAGAUGGUUAAUCUCCGAGCCACUGAUGUGAAACUUAUGCGCCAGCUUCUUAUCAUCAAUGAAAGUAUUGAAUCAAUCAAGUGGAUGAUUGAAGAGAAGGCCAUUGCCAGUAGAGGCAGCAGUUUGAGCGGCAGCCUGUGCAGCUUGCUGGAAAGUCAGGAGACAUCCCUCCAUGACAGCUGUAACAGUUUACAAGACUGUAGUGAUGGACUGGAUGGAAUAUCAGUAGGGAGUUAUUUGGACACCUUAGUGGAUGAUGUCCCUGGUCACCAAAGCCCUUCAGAUAUGGACAAGUUCAGUGAUUCUUCUGUCACAGAGGACCCACAACCUCUUCAUAAGCAUCCCAAAAUUGAUUCUGAUGAGUACUACUGUUUUGGUUAAUAAGGAAAAGUUCCAGUGGGACACAAAUGCACUUGUACUUAUCCUUUUUCUUUGCUGCUGUUUUAUUUCAUGUGCAAAAGCCCCAGAGUUCUCUUGGAAGGAGAACAUACUAUGAUACUUCAAUGCUACUGCAUAACUUUUCCAUUGCUUCUAAUGCAUUUUCUCCUUAAUAGGUUGGGCUUUUCUUCUCCUUGCAUUUUCUUUUUCAUAAUUUAUUGUCACAAUUUUUCUUUCUGUUUUUUUUGUUUCCAUUUUUUACAGUGCUGUAUUUACAGGUCUUUAAAAGUGGUGAAGAAAAAGCUUUAUCUUUAAAAUGAGACAUCAGGGAAUGAGAGCAACAAUUUUGUAUUUGUUAGCAAUAAAAUAUCUUCUAAAAAAUAUAUGUUGCCAUAAAUUUUAUUGACUACCAGGUUUGGUCUUUCCAAAGACACUGUUUUUAUUGAGCCUUAAAUCUGAAUCUUGAAAAUACCUCUAAAAAUAAUUUUUCUUUUAUAAGCAAUGAAAUUUGGUUCUGUUAGGCUGUCUUCACUUGAAAUAUAAAGUAUCCUAAA